GGGGGGGUUAUAUUGUGAAUAAUUAAAUUAUUCUGUCAUCAAGUGCCUAUGCUCGAGUACUCGUAGAGAUCCCAAUGGAUAGAGGAUGGGUUUAAGGAGAAAUCAUUAUGCAAAUAUGUAUGAUAGAGCCUCUUUGAAAUUGCUCCACUCUUAUAACAGGAGAAGGAGAACGAGAAAAGGAAGUUCCAACAGUUCCAGAAGCUGAUGGACUUCCACAAGGAGCAGCACAAGAGAGUGGCCGACAUGAUGAAGUGGAACGCCCUCAUCAAACUCCGCGCUGAGAAAGUGAAGGACUACCAGUUCGGACUUCUCAUGAAGCACUUCGAGGACAAGAAGAUGAAGUACAUCUUUGAGACGAUCUUUGGUCUGGUGAAGUUCUGCAAGUCCAAGGACACCAUCAACAGCAUGCAUAAGUACCUGGCGCCAAAGGGGACGAAACCAGCCAAUGGGACGGACAGUCUCUUCGACUUUGGCGCCGAUCUUGAAUCUGAUUGGCCAAACCCGUGGAGUGGUGUUCUGCCCAAACCCAAAACCAGCGCGGAAGCCAAGAAGAUGUUCUUUAAAGGCCUAGUAAACACUUUGUGUGCCAGUGCUAAAACCUACGUAAAACACGUGAAGGCGAUGGCGGCGCAGAUUAACGGACUAGGCGGCGUAUUGGGCGGCGCUGGGAUGGACAUGGGUGUUGGCGGUGGAGAUAUAGGCGGAAACGGAAAUGGCACUCCCAGUGGUGGAAAUGGCGGAAAUCUGUCAGAUCGAGGCUUUAAUGGCGGUGACGGCGGUAACGGCGGUAACGGUGGCAACAGCCAAACCAUGAACGUGUGAACA